AUGACUAGCAUUACUGUGCCUGAUGUGUGUGCUCUCCCACCGAAAAGAAUUCCAGAGGCACGCACCUUUCCAUGGGGCCAGGUAGAGUGCAUUGCACUGGCAACAUUGAUCGUGGCCCAUUAUCGAUCUAGCGACAAGUCAUUCGCAUACAAUCUCUGGAAUUUGGGUGUCAACCACAAUCAUGGAGUGAGUAAUGACUAUAGCUGGGAAUCGGAUUGGGACUCAGAUGUCAAUAAGAAAAAGAUCCCUGCUACUAUACCGGCAGUGGAGUCUUAA